CCAAGCUAUCAUGGCCGUUCUCCGAACUUUCGUCCUGUUCGCCUCCAUCGCUGCUAGCUUGGCUGCCACAGUCCCCCGUGCCCUGCCUUCCGGGACUGUCACUUGCGGCAGCAACACGUACAGUGCAUCCGAGCUCACCGCCGCGAUCAAUGCUGGCAUCGACGAUCUCAGUAGUGGUAACCUACCGGAUAAUUAUCCUCACCAGUACUACGACGAGGCUUCAGAGAACAUCACACUGUAUUGCAGCGGCAAUGGACCAUGGUACGAGUUCCCACUCGUCCCCGGAGGUGCUAUCUACACUUCCAGCGACUCCGACUACAAUUCGCCCGGAACUGACCGUGUCAUCUUCACCGAGAGCGGCACAUACUGCGCGGUCGUCACACAUACUGGGGCGGCUUCCUACGACGGCUUUGUUGCUUGCGAAGGCGACUAGAUAUUGAGAGCUGUAGUGACUGUAAGGAAAAGUAUUAUUUUGCCUGUAACUUGAUCAACGCUAUGACAUUGUAUUGGACGCAUGCAAGAAAAAUCAGCUGGUCUGAAGCCUGACCGGCAUCAGCACCAGCAGGUGUACAC